AAAAUAUUUAAAAUAUAAAAGAUGGCUGAUUAAAAUCAACGUAGUGCAUUGGAAACGAAAUACAUUAAAUUAUUAAAGGAAGUUGAGGAUAAGGAAAACCAUUUGAAAGAUUGUAAAUAAUGAGCUUAAUGAUUAGUGAGAGUAUAAACUUAAUAAAAAAAGAGUGAUUUAUAAAAGUUUGAAAAUAAUAUAAAAAGUUUGAAUAUAAGAGGAUAGGCAGUAGGAGAGAUACUAAUGAAAAUAAAUGAUGAGAAAUGUAAUGAAAUAUAAAUAUCAAUUAAUAAAGAUAUUUCAAAAUUGAAUAGUGGUCCAAGAUAUGUAGUAGGUGCUAAACCAAAGCUUGAUAGAGAGAAAUUAGUAGUAGGAACAAGAAUAGCACUUGAUUAAGAAACAUAUACAAUAGUUAGAAUAUUACCAAGAGAGGUAGAUCCUUAAGUAUUCCAUAUGGCUAAUGAAGAUCCAGGAAAAGUUUUAUUUGAUGAGAUAGGAGGUUUAAAUGAUCAACUUCGUGUAUUAAGAGAAGUAUGAACAAACAUAAUAUAAAGACAAUUGAAUUACCAAUCACAAAUCCUGAGUUAUUUAAGAGAGUGGGUGUUAAACCUCCAAAAGGAUGUUUAAUGUAUGGUCCUCCAGGAACAGGAAAGACUUUAAUAGCAAGGUAAUAUAUGAUAAUAAAUAAAGAGCUUUAGCUUGUAAUGUUUAAGCUAAGUUUUUGAAAAUAGUAGCUUCAAGUAUUGUAGAUAAAUACAUUGGAGAAAGUGCAAGAGUUAUAAGAGAAAUGUUUACAUAUGCUAAAGAGAAUCAACCUUGUAUUAUUUUUAUGGAUGAAAUUGAUGCAAUUGGAGGACGUAGAUUUAGUGAUGGAACAUCUGCAGAUAGAGAAAUAUAAAGAACACUUAUGGAAUUAUUAAAUUAAUUAGAUGGAUUUGAUGAUUUAGGAAAGGUUAAAGUAGUUAUGGCUACUAAUAGACCAGAUAUAUUAGAUCCAGCAUUAUUAAGACCUGGAAGAUUAGAUAGAAGUAUCUAUAAUUCAUUCUAUUAUUAUUAUAGAGGUCGAAAUACCAUUACCUAAUGAAUAAGCUAGAUAUGAUAUAUUAAAAAUUCAUUCAAGAAAUAUUACAACUAAAGGAGAAGUAGAUUUUGAAUAAUUAGCUAAAUUAUGUGAAGAAUUUAAUGGAGCAGAUUUAAGAAAUGUCUGUACUGAAGCAGGUUUAUUUUUAUUCUAUUUUUUAGGUAUGUUUGCUAUUAGAGCUGAUAGAGAUUAUGUUAUUGAAGAAGAUUAUUUCAAGGCAGGAAGAAAAAUUAAAGAAGCCAAAAAAUUAGAAUCUAAACUAGAGUAUCAAAAGGUUUGAUUAUUAAUAUAUAUAUUAAAAUUUAAAUAUGUAAACCUCCC